AUGUUAGACGCUACUGACAUGGGUACCGAGGCUGGCGCUCCAGAAUCUAUAAAAAAAGAGGAGCUUCUCGAGUGGGGCGUUGAUGAAGUCCUUACAUGGUGCGAACAGAAACUGGCUAUAGACGAAAAAGAACUCCCACAAAUACGAGAGCGUUUUUACCAAAACGCUAUCGAUGGGCCGUCUGUUCUGGAACUCGACUUAGACGAUUGCAAGCAACUCUUGAAUGAAGAUGCGCAGCUAGCAGUGAAAUUGAAGCUCGAAAUCAACAGGCUGAAACAUCAGGAGCACUCUCAAGAAGAGGACGUGCUGACGAUUCUUAACCAGCUUUAUUCUACGGUAAGUGAAAAACUGCAGGAUUUCCAGGGCCAGUACUCUCGUCUCAGACUUGAUGUGCUGGAAGUAGUCAAAAAGGAUUCCUAUACCUCACAGAUACAAAAUACCCAGAGCUCCAGUGCUCCGCUUCAGGGCAAUAGUCAUCAGCCGCAGCACGAUUAUUUCGAAGGCCAUCGCGUAGUCACGCCAGGUUCUCCUAACAACACGAUUGCUAUGCGUCAACCGCUGAACAGAUCAACAUCCAGUGCCACUUCGCAACAUUUUUCGGUAACUAACAAUGCUAGUACCCCUGCUGCUCUUCCCAAUACGCAAGCUUCCAGUGGUGCGGGAGCUCCGAGCGGUGUCUCUACCGAACCGCUGAAACAUAUGAGAGCUUCUAAGGAAGACUCUUGCGAACGAGUCUUGAAGAGCGCUAUGAAACGACAUGGCUUAAGCGAACAGGAUUGGCGGCAAUACGUCCUGGUUAUCUGUUACGGGGACCAAGAACGAAUGCUGGAAUUAGAGGAAAAGCCAGUACAUGUAUUUAAAGCCCUGAAAGAGCAGGGUUUGCAUCCUGCCAUCAUGCUCCGCCAGCGAGGAGACUUUGAAGAAGUCAAUGGCGGCUUGACCCCCGGUGGGCGAUUGUAG